AUGGGUGUUUCCAGUCUAUGGAAGCUGCUGGGCAGCAGCGGGAAACCCCGUCGCCUCGAAACACUGUCCGGCAAUACUUUAGCGGUAGACGCCAGCAUUUGGAUGCAUCAGUUCUUAAAGGCUAUGAGGGAUUCUGAAGGAGAGCCUGUUAGAGGCGCGCAUAUCAUAGGAUUCUUUCGAAGGGUCUGCAAGUUACUUUUUUACGGGAUCAAGCCGGUGUUUGUAUUUGAUGGAGACGCACCAACAUUGAAGCGCAUCGCUCUCGUUGAGCGUCGUAAGCGGAAGUCAACUGCAAAAGUGAACCUGAGCAAGGUGGCCGAAAAGCUGUUAUCGAAGCGUCUGCAACUGGCUGCUCUGAAGAAUGUCACUGGUACAGUGGCCGCUGCACCAGCGAUUUCAAACACUCGAAAAGCGAAAGCGAACACAUCAUUACGAGGGGAUGUUCUCACUGAACUCCCGGCUGAUGUGGUCUAUCUGAAUCAGCUCGAGAACCCUACAGCGCCUCUCUCUUCGCUCGUGUCGGGAACGGCAAAGAAGCAGAAACGUCCGGCGAUGAAAGAUGCGGAUGACUUCGAGUUGGAAGAUACGGUAGCCGAAACCAUUACGGCUGCAAGUAUGGAUCCUCGUCUAAUUUCUGAAGAGGAAAUGCGCGAAUUUGUCGGCAAACACGGGAAGAACCUCAACCUGUCGUCAAUGAGUCUCAACGAUGCUUCCUUCAAGACGCUACCGGUGGAAACCCAGCACGACAUCAUAACGGAACUGAAGAAUAAAUCUCGUCAAUCCAAUCAUCGUCGUUACACAACAUUGUCAAAAGCGGUUGCAAAUCCAUUACAAUUCUCCUCUUUGCAAAUCCAGCACCUUGUGCAACGAAAUGUUUACACGGAGACGCUUUUCGACUUUGCAAAAAAUGCCGGCGUUACGAGCAGCAAUCCGGGUUUGAAAAAGUUCAACAAAAAGUUCAGAAAUAAACCAAAGCGCAUCGCCAGUGAGCGGGCUCGCGAGUAUGUGCUGUUACAGAACGAUAAUGAGAGUGGGUACACCAUUCGUGCCAGCAGUGUCAACGAACGUUUGCGUAAGGAGGAGAAGACGAAGCAACCUGAGGUCAUCGUCGUGGGAAGUGAUGAGAGUAGCGAUGACAUACUGGGAUUAGAUAGCACCGACGAAGAAACGGAGAGUCGCGCGGCGGGCAAGCGCGAUGCUAUUUCGAAAGGGGUCAGCGAGGCUAUGCCUCAUCUAAACACUAUUGCCCGGGACUUGGAGAGCGAUCAAGAAAGCUUCGAAGAGAUUGUAAUACCGGAGUCCGUGGCAGGGAUCGAGGUCGAUGCAAAUCGCUCUAGACCUGUAAAUUCCCGAAAAGCAUUCAAAAAUGUUGUUGAAGAUAGCAGCGACGAGGAGUUUGAGGAAAUCUUGUCGAUUGAGCCGGCAAGCAAGGACGAUGAGCACCCGAUAAGGAUUGCUGAGGAUCCGAUUGUCGUUUCGGACGUUGACCUUGACCUACAACAUGCCCUUCUGGAAACCUACUCGGUUCUACGCGAGAAUGUAUCUUCGAAUGAACCGCUCGCGAACGCUCACGCUGGAAAAGGGAAGUCGACGGAAGAUAGCUCGUCCCCCGUCGGAACCGAUACUGAUUCCGCAUUAGAUGUUACCCACAUCGUGACUGAGAACCAGACUGACAACAUUGCUGCUCCACCUGUCACAGUUGACGCAAGGCCAUCCGAAAUCGCAAUGCAGUCGAGAAAUGCUGACGUUAAAAACGCUUCCCUGGUCUCCCCAUACGCGAAAGUGACAUCGGUUGCAUCGCUUUCCGUCACGAGCACCUCGCCAGACCCAACGAUGCGGUUGUUGCGUGAAGAAACUGCGCCAGGAGAGGACCGGAAGACCGACAAAACGAUGGAGACGACCCUGGAAGAGGAUCAAGAGGAAGUAUGGGUCGAAGAUAAAGGGGCAGAUCCAGAGAUGGAGACCACUCUGGAAGAAGAUCAGGUGGAAAUAUGGAUGGAAGAUACAGGCCAAGGGUCCGAGUUCCCUCGAGGAGCGAGCACCACUUCACGCGAAGAAAACAUAGAUGUUCCUAUGGAAUUGGAGGAAGAGGGUGAAGAGUACGCUCGUUUCCUUUCCUCACUCUCUAAUCAAGAACCGGAAGCAGUGGCGAAACGCUUGGAGGACGACAUGAUGGCUCUGAAUCGGCGGAAGCGUAAAGAACAGGCAGGCGCUGCCGACAUCAACACUCAAAUGAUAACGGAGAUUCAAACGCUUUUACGCCUAUUCGGAUUACCGUACAUUAGAGCACCAAUGGAGGCCGAGUCGCAAUGCGCGUUCCUGGUGCAGGAGAAGCUGGUGGACGGCAUUGUCACCGACGAUUCCGACGUGUUCCUGUUCGGUGGGACAAACAUAUACAAAAAUAUGUUCAAUCAGCAGAAAUAUGUCGAAGAAUACACCAUGGAGUCCGUGACUGCCGGCAUGGCGCUCACGCGCGACAAGUUGAUUCAGUUGGCGUACCUUCUUGGCAGUGAUUACACUCCAGGCAUCGAAGGUGUCGGGCCAACCUUGGCAAUGGAAGCGUUGAACCUAUUCCCGGGGGAAGGAUUGGAGCCCUUGGAGGAAUUGAAAGGUUUUUGGGAACGCGCGCGAGUGAUGGCAUUGGAGGAUGUUGCUCAGGCCGACCCGGUCAAGCGCAAAUUGGGCAAGAUCCUGAGGCAACAUCCGGUCCCAUUGGCGUUCCCCGACUCCAGGGUUCGCGACGCUUACCUUCAUCCUCAAGUCGACAAGGAUACCACGGCCUUUCAGUGGGGCGAGCCGGAUCACCACGGAAUCUCGGAAUUCAUGGAGGAAAGACUUGGAUGGACGCCGAGCCAAGUAGACCAGCAGAUGAUCCCGUUAUUGAAGGAGAUGGCUCGGCAAAAGGCGGAACUGCAGAAGCAAACCCGCCUGGACAAUUUCUUUACUGCGGUUCCGAAAGCACAUUCUAGUGAGCGCAUCCGGACAGUCGUAGACUCAUGGAAAGGGGUGCCCCAGUCUACCGUUGAGAAACCGAAGCGUCCGCGGGGCGGCAAAGCUCCUGGGGGUGGAAAGAGGCGGAGAAACGUCGACGGUGAUGGAAGUGGAGAAGCUGCUAGCGCCCCUCCUCCAAAAUCGCGCCGAAAGAGGCAAACCUGA